ACUACAGGGUAAACUUCCGGCAGCGCCUGUCACUUGUGAUGUCAAACAUGGCGGCGUCCUAUAUUAUCGAGUGUCAGAAAUGUAAAUAGAGCCCGAGUAAGGACACAGGGAAAGGGAAAAACUCUGUGGGAAGAGGAUGAUUUUACAGUGAGUUGAAGAGGAAGCUAAGGGAAGCUCUGUGAAAGGAGAUAGGAGAUAGGUCUCCUGAAAAUUCAGGAAGUGAGAGGGGAGUAAGGGGUAGGCAAAACAUAAGAGGGAGGAUGGGUUGGGAUUAAACUUUGCUCCUGUCUCGGGGGUGGAGGUUUAAACAUUGAAACGAGAAGCAGAAGCGAAGCUGCCAGAAAAGAAGAGACGUUUGAUAAGUUAAUAAGCAAAUUGUGACGAGCUGAAGGAGAAUGUAAGGAGGGGACUGCAGACAGAAGCUGUAAAAUGAAUCUGAACAUCCUUCUGGUGCCAGGACUGACUCUCCCUGAGGGGACGAAGCCACCAGUAAUAGUGUCCCUGACAAGGCAGAAACACCCAACUCUCUGUAGCCUUUUCCCUCAAGGGGAACUUCACCUGACUGCACUCCCAUAUAGAGACUUCCACACAACCCAUGCUCAGCUGAAAGGGAUUUUUUCUCAGUUCCUGUGGGAAAAUGCUGAUGGGAAUGAAGAACCAUCUGAUAACUUCUCCCAUCUCCUUACUCUGGGUAGAAGCAAUGAAAUUGCAGUGCACAGUCUGCAUGUUGCAGAUGGGCAUUUAGAUGUGACUACCAUCUUUCAGUGUAAUGAGGACACUUUGAGGAAACUUUGUGCAGAUCACCAUGUUUGUGUCUCCUCGGUCGUCUCUGUUCGGCUUUUGUCCCUACAAGGAGAUUAUAUUCUACUGUUGUUGAGUAGCAGUGUCUUGUUGCAUAUUCGCUUUUUUUCAGAAGGUCACAGUUUAAAGCUUCAGUCCUGUAUAUGCUUGGAUUUGGAUUCAGAAGCAACAGAGCGCGUCACAGAUGUAUGUUUGAAAAGUGGGGUGCUGUUUCUGCUGGAUACUUCUGGUUUUGUAUAUAUUUAUGAUAGUGUAGAUGGGUCACACAUCCUCACUGUGGAACUUCCACUGAGACCAGAGAAUACUGCUUUAGAUCCACUCAGCAGUAUAUGUGUGUCUGAUGACCUAGGCUUCUUUGUAGUAACCACUGCCACCUCCUGGGCUCUCUCUGUGCAACUCUGUGAAGAUGCCAGACAGAUCUCAUAUCACUCAAUAUCUGCCUGGCACAGUGAUCAUGUUCCAGAUCUACAUAUAUCAGGGGCAGAGGAAGACCGUCAUAGCAGUCCUGAAAGUGUUCAAACCCCUAGAUGUGCCUUCCGCUUAGACAGGUCUUGGCAUGCCACACUCUCUUCACUUUGCAACCAGAUCAAGAACUCUUCUGACCCCUUUGUGUACUCACAGAACCCAUAUCUUUGGCCUCGUAGUAGUUCUUUAAAAGUGCCUCUCAAUGGGAUCCCUGUUGGAGAAGGCUGGGUGAGGAUUUUUUCUGAAGGAAUGGAGGGUCCAUUGAGUCUGCACAUCUGGUCAGUCACUUCCUUCAGUUCUGUAUUGUGUUUUUUUGGGAUGGAUGGUUUACUCACCAUGAUCCAAUGGGACAUGAAAUCAAAUGGAAUCUCUUACCAUCCCUUGGGGAAGGCUCACUUUGUUCGCUGUUCUGAGGAAGAUGCUUGUUUGGUGAUGUCUGAUCAAGGGCUUUCUCUAGUAGUGUUUUCUGCAUCACAAGAAGAGUUCCUGACCAGAUUAAUGAUUCACGGCAGUGCAAGUACAGCGGAUACUUUAUGUCUCCUUAAUAAUUGGGGCCGCUGCUCAGUUCCUAUUCACACACUAGAGGCAGGUCUAGACAACAGGCAGUUAGACACUGUUGACUUUUUCCUGAAGAGCAAAGUAAGCGUCCUAAACCCUUUGAUCUCUGGGGAGUCUCCUGAUGGCAUACAGGCAGAACGCUAUCUGCAGAAUGUGCAGGAUCUCCUGCCAGCUCUUGAUCUUCUUUUCACCUAUAUCCAAGGAACAGAUCAGGAGACACAAAGCAAGCACUUUUCCGAACAGUUGUUGCAGCUCACGCUUGGCUUCCUAAAUGGACAACUUCAUCUGCUCUGCGCACUGCUAUCUGAGCAUAAUCCUGCACUGCAGCAAGCUGUAAAGAUUCUCAUGGGUUAUAUAACCAAGCUCCGUCGCUUCAUGAAGAAAUUUAUGGAGCAGCCACAACCUUUGGAAGUUCCAUGUGUUGACUGCCAAUUACACUCUUGGAAGAACCUGUCAGUGGAGCAAAUAAUCUCUGAUGCCAUUUUCAAAAACCGCAUUCCUGAGGCCCAGGUAUUCCUGCGUGCUGAGGGUCAUCAAGCUUCCAGCCUGGCAUGGGUAAAACAAGAAGGCCUUCAUUUGGUGUACAAAUGUCUGCUGGGGACACACUUGCAAGAGGCACAACAACUUCUCCAAAAUAUGGGCUUUUCUGUUAUGACUGAGCUCAAGCGCAUUUGUUUGCACACAUCAGAUCGGGAUGUCAGGACAUUGCUGGUAGCUCUCCUGCAGAGAGAGGGGUGCUUUUCAGCACAAGAGCAAGAAGACAUUGAUACUGUGAUCCAUGUAGAAGAGGUUUACUGUAGUGCGCACAGCAAGACAGUAGAGAGUCCUAAAGUUCUGCCUCACAGGAUUGUCUGGAGGCAUUUCUCUGGAUCUCAGGAACCAGAAAUCCUACAAGCAGUUUUGACACCAUCUAAGAACAAGUCACACAUAGUCCUUCUCUACUGGGCUCAAGGCUGGGACCUGGAAACAAAAGAAGCUAUAUUGCUGCCUCUGAGGAACAGUCAAGUAGGUAUGGGUUUCUCACACCCCAGCAAUCUGUGGCGUCAUCUAACUUUAUGGCAUGCGUGGCAGAAAAUUUCUUCAUGGAUAAAAUCUUUAGAACAACAUGGAAACACAAGUAACACUGCUCUCUCACAAUGGCCUCUUCUGACUCCAGAAACAGUGGAGUCAUGCUCCUUCUGUUGUGACUAUACAAGGCAGAAGAUCCUGGACAAGCUAGCAAGAAUGGAGAUUUUUAUCCCUUCUGAGCGACAGGAUUUUGAGGCCCUUGUGGAACGUAUGGCAGUUAGCAGGAGCAUGAUGCCCUUUGAUAACUCCAGCCCUCAGUGCAGCACCUCUGAGAGUCAAGAUCGUCACAUUCUCUUUGUUUUGCUGUGUGCUGAGCACAGUCUUCACUACCUGUUGUAUACAUAUCUGGAUUAUCACAGGUUGAAUCCUCAGCUUUGCUCUGCUUUGACCAGUACAACACUGCAUGAAAGCUUACCUUGGUUUGGGUUUUUGGUACAGAUACGAGAUGUCAAAGAUAACCCUGAAGAUCCAAGCCGCAUGUUUUAUGCCAGCCUCUCGAAUGCCCAUAUGGUGAUGCCAGGGUACCAGCCCAGUGUGAGCAGCAUGUUGUUGGAGGGACACACACUGCUCGCCCUUGCAACCAAUAUGUAUGCACCUGGUGGCAUCGACAGGGUGUUGGAGCAGCAUGAAGAGUCAGAUCCCUGUCAUAGAAAUGUAGACCCUCAGCUUCUAAAAAUGGCUUUGUCUCCAUAUCCAAAGCUUAAAGCAGCUCUCUUCAGUACACACUCGUCUGCUGUUGGUUCUCCCUCUGACAUUUCCCUUUACCAUCUCCUACAGGCUCUCUCCCCAUUCCAGCCUACGCACUUCUUUACAUGGCAGUCAGCAAACACCAUUGCUACAAGCGACACCAGUGCAGUGCUCCCACAUUGCUCCAGUCCAGCCUUGGUCAGCAAGUUGUCUGUGGGAGAGCAACUAGAUGUCUUCUUCUUCCUGCGCAGUGGGCGACCAUCAUUCGCAUUUGCUACCUUUCUGGUGUUUCAGCUACUAAGAAGCAAAACCCCCCAGCAACUAAUCAAGCAAGUUGCCGAUGAUGUUUAUUCCCUGGCACUUUCUUCAUUUCAUCUCCCCUCUGUGCUUGCUUCUUGCUGCUGCUUCCUUGAGUUAUUGGGUUUCAGUAGCCACAAGCUUCGGGUGGAUGUGAACAUUGCACACAUGAUACUAAGUCAAUCAUCUUCUCUGCAUGAGGAUGCAGGAGUACAAAAGUCCCAGGCACAAGCUUUAGCCCACAGACUUUCCAGAAUGACAGAGAAUGAGAGAGAAGCAGCCAUAGAUAUUUCACUUAGCCUGGAAGAAGCUGUACUUUCUGAAGAAUGGCACAACAGUUCAGCUCAUCCCACUACCUCCUGCUUCACUAUCCAACAAUUCUGCCUCCUCCAUUCUAUUCCGAUGAGCACCAGGUAUUUGAAAAACUGUGCACAGCAACAAGACUGGCUGCAGUUACUUGUGAACGCGCACACUCAGGAACAGGUCUUAUGCGUAACUGAAAAGCUAAGUCCGGCACUUAGUAAUCACAUGAUGUUGGCAUUGCAAGAUACAAGUUCAGAUAAACAGACCUCUGAAUGUGAUUUUGCAAGAGCUGGAAUUGAUACAGUGACUUCCAGUCUGUACCAUAUAUUGAUUGGGUGCCAGAAGACUGGCCAGCCAGGCCAUACACUUCUAAAGGAGUGUAUUAAACACAGAGCUCCAUUGCUGAGUGUGUUGGCUGCAUAUAUGCAGGACACCAACCGAAUCGCUUGCCUGUGUGUGUGGCUUGUCACCUCUGUAGAGCCUGCCAGAUGUGCAGAACUCACGAAUACUCUGUCGGCUGCUGCAGAUCAUGAAUGGAACUUGCAAGAUCUGACACAGAUUUGGGAAAUCCUGCUGGAAAGAAAAGAUAGCUGGACUUUGUACAAAGCAUUCAGCAUCUUUUUAGAGGAUUGUCCCCUUCUUCUCUUACUUGACCUGUAUGAGCUUUGCCUAAAGCAUAAAUACUAUCCGGAGGCUGAACAGAAAAUAGAUGAUUUCCAGAGGUGGAUGACGAAUCAUCAGAAUGAAGAUACUGACUUCUCACCUUUCAUUCCACUACCCUGGUUGCUACAGAGAGCCUCUCAGCUAUUGCAGCUCCUUCUCUUGCAGACUCAGACUCCAUAUGAGUUGAGGAAGGUUUUGCAACUUCUGAGUGACAAAGCCAAACCACAAUUAUGUGGGGGAAUAGAUGUUCAUAAGCUGAGUGAUCUGACCUCCAUUCUACAAGACCACCCUGUUGCCAUUAGCAAGGAAUUAAUUUGCCGCUAUAGUCCUGAAGCCCUGCGGGUUGAGUGUCAAAGGCUUAUACAGAUGUUGUUGGACAAAAAGAUUUUUUCUCUUGCACAAAGAGUAGCACAACUGGCAGAAUUGCCCACUGACAGUAUUGUCAUAGAAGAGGUGUUGCAGGACCAAUGUCUCUUAAAAGAGCUUGGGCAGUGGGAGAUUGCACAAAGCCGCGCACAGUACUGGAGGAAAUGCCAUCAGGUUUUUAGCGCCACAGAGCUCUCCCCAGCAGCAGCAUCUGACUUCUUCUGCUCCCAGACUGUGUCUCUUGAAGAUCCUGAAUGCUUGUUUAGAGAUCAGACUGAGAUGUUGGCAGAGCAGGAGAUGCUGUUUACCCUUGCAGGGCACUGGCUUUCUCAUAGUAACUGUGCUUCUAUAGCAGCCCUGGAGAAACUUGAGCAGAAGAUUUGGAAAUGUCGCCUAGCAAGAGAAGUAUUGAGUAAACAUGGAGUAGCAAGACAACUCUGUUCUGUGCCUUCAUUUGCUAGCCUGACACUGGAGUUUUCAUUCUCCUCUUUGCCUGCACUAAAUUCUCCAUCGCUUCUUCAUAUCUCUGAUUUGCCACUGCUUGGUACCUCUAGCAUUUUGUUAAACCAUGAACAGUCCAAAGCAUUGAGCUCUUUGGUCGACUGCUUGUUGGAUGAAAGCCAUAUACAUGAGGCCAUUCGGGUAUGCAGGUACUUUCAGCUCCCUCAUCAUGAUUUGUGGCUGUUGCUAAACUGCAGGGCACUAGCAACAGGAGAGACAGCAAGGGACCAACUGCAUUCGGAAAUCCAAGCCAUUCUCAAUGAGGGCAGUGAACGCCGGGAAAGCAUAUUGCAACAGAGGAAAAGACUACACCGCUCCUCCUCUCUGGAUACCGCCACAUUCCCUGUACCCAGUGAUCCUGUGCUCUUAGAUCUGGAAAUUCUGAAGGACAAGUGCGCCCAUGGCAAAACCUACUGCCAACAGCUUCUGUGUCUUUAUGAGUUAAGUCAGGAUCUGGGAUGUUCCUUCUCUGAUAUCUCCUCUCGAGAUCCAGGAGACAUUCUGCGCUCUCUGCUUUCUUCCCAGCGUUCCGAGCUCACAGACCGAGCACAAGCAGUAAUUAACUGCCACGGACUGUCGCCCCAAACAGUGGCACAGAUUGUGGCAGAAGAGGGUGUGAGAGUCUGGCGGGCAGGGCCUCUGGAAGUUUAUAAUGCCUCUGAAAUAAGGCAACGAUUUUUGCAGCUUGUAAAACUUUGCCAGGACCCAACUCUGGUUGGAUUAACUCUUCUUGACUAUCUAGAAAAUGUGCCGCUGACUGAGCAACACUGCAUUAUUGAACUGCUGAUUUCCGCUCACGAUUGCUUCAGUUUAACAUGCCACCUUGAAGGAAUUCGGCGGGUGCUUCAGGCAUGUCGUCACUUGACAGAGAGCCACUUGGCUGCCAACCAAGAAUUCAGCCUUAUGGUUCGCCUUCUCUCUGGGAUUGGGCGCUAUAAUGAAAUGGUUUAUGUGUUUGACAUUCUGCACAAGGCCCAGCACUUUGAGGUUCUGCUGAGGAAACAGCUAGAUACAAAGGGGGGACUGCAGACUGCUCUUCUGGAAUACAUUAAGCGCUGCCAUCCUGGAGAUAGCGAGAAGCACAACAUGACUGCCCUCUGCUUCAGUCUGCACCGUGAUAUCGGCCACAACCAUGAACAAGCGGCUUUGAUCCAGCUCAAACUCAUCCAGUCUAGGGCGUGGGAAUAUUGGAUGACUGAGUUGGUGGAGCUGAGAUCUGCACUAAUGAAAACACUGACUCUUCUUAUAGAUGCAGCUGAGAGCUACUCAAAGGAUUCCUGUGUCCGUCAGUCUCUGCGCUGUGCUCGCCUUACCCGUCUGCUGACUCUGCAGCUUCAUCUGCUAAAUAACAGCCACCAAACUAAACUCAUCAACCUGGAUAGAGAGAACUUGAUGGAGCCAAUACUGGCAUUGCCACGUUUCUAUCAGGCAGUUAUUGUGACAGAGGCCUAUGACAUACAGCCAGACUGGGCAGAGGUUUUAUAUCAUAAAGUGAUUCUCAGUGGAGACUUUCAGUAUUUAGAUGAAUUCAAGCAGAGAGAACUGCUACGGAGUGGAGUGUUUGAGCAACUGUCAGACAAGUGUAAAUUACAGCCUCCAGGACCUACGGGACUCCAAAACCUGAAGAGAGUGCUCAGCUACUGCGAGGAUACCUAUACCCGCUAUAAACUAGCCUUUGAAAACCAGUUUUAUGACGUGACUGAUGUUUUGAUGAGAGACUCACAAACUCGCUGCUGCCUGACUGACAUGCUGUCUCGGUAGAGCACACGGUGAAGUGGAAGGACAACACAAUCAUGGAAACUCCAUCACGUCGUUUGUUACAUGAACAGUUUUUAAUGGCUUAGCUGGCUAAGAGUUCAAACUGCUGUCUUCUGUCUCCCCUCUAAUUGUAUUGUAUAUUCCAGAGGCUGGAUUUGCACUUAACUCUGGUAUCUAGAGCUUAUUAAAUAUUUCUAUGACAACCA